GGCUGCAUACAAUCUGUACUUUAUGUCUGUGGAUUGAUCCUGGCAGAGAAGGAUACAGUUAGAGGACAUCGGAUCUGUCCCUAGAAAGGGUAACAUGACCAAAAUGGAGGGUAAAACUUCACUUCUAGACAACAUGAUAGGUGUGGGCGACAUGGUGCUUUUAGAACCUCUCAAUGAAGAAGCUUUUAUUGACAACCUCAAAAACCGUUUUGAUCACAAUGAAAUCUAUACCUAUAUAGGCAGUGUGGUUAUAUCUGUAAACCCCUACAGAUCUCUGCCAAUAUACACCCCAGACAAAGUGGAGGAAUAUCGAAACCGAAACUUCUAUGAACUUAGUCCACACGUUUUUGCCCUUUCUGAUGAAGCCUACCGUUCUCUGAGGGACCAGGAUAAAGAUCAAUGCAUAUUAAUCACUGGUGAAAGUGGAGCAGGAAAAACAGAAGCAAGCAAGCUGGUCAUGUCAUAUGUUGCUGCAGUUUGUGGUAAAGGAGCUGAAGUUAAUCAAGUGAAGGAACAACUUUUACAGUCCAAUCCAGUCCUGGAAGCUUUCGGAAAUGCAAAAACUGUGAGGAACGACAAUUCAUCCAGAUUUGGCAAAUAUAUGGAUAUUGAGUUUGAUUUUAAGGGAGAUCCACUUGGUGGAGUUAUAAGCAACUAUCUCCUUGAAAAGUCCCGGGUUGUCAGGCAACCAAGAGGUGAAAGAAAUUUCCACGUAUUUUAUCAAAUGUUGUCUGGAGCCUCUGAAGAUCUUCUCAAUAAACUGAAACUUGAUCGUGAUUUCAGCAAAUACAGCUAUCUCAGCCUGGAUUCUGCUAAAGUAAAUGGUAUAGAUGAUGCAUCAAACUUCAAAACUGUCAAGAAUGCUAUGCAGAUUGUAGGUUUUAUGGACCAUGAAACACAGUCAGUCUUGGAGAUUGUGGCUGCAGUAUUAAAACUGGGGAAUAUUGAGUUUAAGCCAGAAUCUCGUGUCAAUGGCAUGGAUGAAAGCAAGAUUAAGGAUAAAAAUGAGUUGAAGGAAAUCUGUGAGUUGAUUGGUAUUGAUCAGAGUGUGUUGGAACGAGCCUUCAGUUUCCGCACGGUUGAAGCCAAACAAGAAAAGGUUUCCACAACACUCAAUGUUUCUCAGGCCUACUACGCCCGUGAUGCACUGGCUAAAAACAUGUAUAGCAGACUGUUUUCAUGGCUUGUCAACAGAAUAAAUGAGAGUAUUAAGGCACAGAAUAAAGUCAGAAAGAAGGUUAUGGGAGUUCUGGAUAUUUAUGGCUUUGAAAUAUUUGAGGAGAACAGUUUUGAACAGUUUAUCAUCAACUACUGCAAUGAGAAGUUGCAACAAAUCUUUAUUGAACUGACUUUGAAGGAAGAACAGGAAGAAUACGUGCGAGAGGGUAUUGAGUGGACUCAUAUUGAAUACUUCAACAAUGCCAUUAUUUGUGAUCUAAUUGAAAAUAACAAAAAUGGAAUUCUGGCUAUGCUGGAUGAAGAAUGUUUGCGGCCAGGCACAGUUACUGAUGACACAUUCUUGGAGAAACUGAAUCAAAUUUGUUCUGCACACCAGCAUUUUGAGAGUCGAAUGUGCAAGUCUUCGCGUUUCCUGAAUGAUACGUCUCUCCCACACAGCUGCUUCAGGAUUCAGCAUUACGCUGGCAAGGUUAUGUAUCAGGUAGAAGGCUUUGUUGAUAAGAACAAUGACUUGUUGUAUCGUGACCUCUCACAAGCUAUGUGGAAAGCAAACCAUGGCCUUAUCAAGGAUAUGUUCCCAGAGGGAAACCCAGCCAAGAUUAACCUCAAAAGGCCACCGACUGCUGGUUCACAGUUCAAAGCUUCAGUAUCAAUUCUAAUGAAAAACUUGCAAACAAAGAAUCCUAACUAUAUCCGAUGUAUUAAGCCAAAUGACAAGAAGGCAGCCCAUAUCUUCAAUGAUGCUCUUGUACGACACCAAGUUAGUUACCUUGGUCUGCUUGAAAAUGUCAGAGUCAGAAGAGCAGGAUAUGCCUUCAGGCAACCAUAUGACCCUUGUCUUGAGAGAUACAAGAUGUUGUGUAAACAGACAUGGCCACACUGGAAAGGACCAGCAAGAGUCGGUGUAGAAGUACUACUCAAUGACUUACAAAUUCCCAAAGAAGAAUUUUCUUUUGGAAGGUCAAAAAUCUUCAUCCGCAACCCACGAACGUUGUUCAGGUUGGAGGAGUUGAGGAAAGAAAGACUGGAAGAUCUGGCAACACUUAUCCAGAAAAUCUAUAGAGGGUGGAAAUGUCGCACACAGUUCCUUUUGAUGAAGAAGAGUCAGAUAGUGGUGGCAGCAUGGGUCAGGCGUUAUCUUCAACGGAAUAAGUACAAGAGGAUUAAAAGUGCUACCAUUGUGAUGCAGUCCUAUACCCGAGGAUGGAAGGCAAGAAAGAUCCUUCGGGAACUUAAAUAUCAGAAGCUCUGCAAUGAAGCGGCUACAACAAUUGCAGCAUAUUGGCAUGGAACACAAGCGCGAAGGGAACUGAGACGACUGAAGGAAGAGGCUAGGAAUAAACAGGCUGUUGAUGUUAUAAGGGCUUACUGGCUUGGACUUAAGGCUCGAAGGGAAUUAAAACGCUUGAAGGAGGAGGCUAGGCGUAAGCAUGCAGUUGCAGUGAUUUGGGCUUUCUGGCUUGGACUAAAGGUACGUAGAGAGUACAGAAAGUUUUUCCGUGCAAAUGCUGGAAAGAAGAUUUAUGAAUUCACAAUACAGAGAAUUAUGCAAAAGUACUUUCUGGGGAUGAAGACAAAAGUUCCUUCUGUAUCACCCAUAGACAACAAUUGGCCAGCAAGACCUUACCUCUUUUUGGAUAGCACACAUACGGAAAUGAAGAGGAUUUUCCAUCUGUGGAGGUGUAAAAAGUACAGGGACCAGUUCACAGAGCAGAAAAAGUUCAUAUAUGAUGAAAAACUGGAUGCCAGCGAACUCUUCAAGGAUAAGAAAUCAUUGUACCCUGCCAGUGUUGGACAGCCAUUUCAAGGUGACUAUUUGGAAAUUAGCAAAAAUCCAAAAUAUAAGAAGUUAAGUGAUGCCAUUGAAGACAAGAUAAUUAUAGCUGACACCGUGAGUAAAAUCAACAGAGCAAAUGGAAAGGGAGCAGCCAGAAUGUUCUUGUUGACCAAGAAUAAUGUUGUUAUUGCUGACCACAAGUCAGGACAGAUCAAGCUAGAAGUUUCUCUGUCCGAUAUUACAAAACUGAGCAUGAGUUCUCAAAAUGAUGGAUUCUUUGCGGUCCAUCUUAAGGAGGGCUGUGCAGCAGCAUCCAAGGGUGAUUUCCUCUUCAGCAGCGAUCAUCUCAUAGAGAUGGCUACAAAGCUCUACCGUACUGCACUGAUGCAGACAAAACAGAAAAUCUACAUUGAGAUUGCCGAUGAGUUCUUAGUACAGUUCAAGCAGGACAAGGUCUGUGUGAAAUUCAUCCAAGGAACUCAAAAGAAUGGCAAUGUCCCCACUUGCAAGAGGAAAAACAAUCGCCUUCUUGAGGUGGCUGUACCCUAACAGCACAAUUUUUAAAGUAUGGACAUGUUUGAUUUUAACUGCUAC